AGAAACUAGAAUGCCUUCCUGGAAGUCCAUUGGCAUCGUUGCUACUGCAGCUUUGUCCUGCCAAGUCUCCUCGGUUGAGGCAUACGUCAGCUCUCCUGCUUUGAAGCCCGUCUCCGCUCGAGCUGGAGCUGCAUGCAAUGUCGCCUCGCUCGCCAUGUCCUCAGAGGAGCGGCUGAGUCGUCGGGCUGCAAUCGCAUCAACCCUGCUCACUCUUCCAGUGCUCGCUGCCAAGUCAGCGGAUGCUGCAGGACUCAACCUGAUGCCGCCGGCACUCCAGUCGAUCACAGAGAGUGCUUCCAGGAAGAAGGCAUCCAAGGAUCUCGGGGUAGAUCUUGACGGCCCUGCCCCGGAGCCCGUUAGCAAGAAACCUGGCUUCACGGUGCCCAAGCUUGGACCCCAGAGGAAGAAGGCUGCUCAAGAAGAAGAAGGAGAUGCUCCGAAGCCAGCAAGGAAGAUGAGCAUGCCCAAGUUCGGCGAGGUCAAGUCCAAAGAGCCAAAGGCUGAGUCUGAAACCGAGGGCGUCAAGCUCAACUUGGACGCUCCUAAGAGGAGCAGGCCUGGAAGGCAGUCCGUCGCUGGUGCCACGGGCAAGGAGAGAUUCGAGAGCAACGAAAUCAGCUCCCUUGAGCAAAAGCUGAGGAGCAGGAGCACCAAGGUAGACGCCCAGAUCGAGAAGCUCUCCGAGGGCACUAGGUCGGAAUCCGGCGUUCCUAGCCUCAACCCCUUCUCAGCCAAGUAAGAGGAUAAGCAGCGCGAGGUGGUCUGAGGGCGGAUUGAGAGGGGAGGACCUAUCUCCUGAGCUCUCAUUCCAAUCUAACGACCUCAUGGAGCUUUCUCAUAGUGUCUUGCCUAUCCUUGCCAAAUGAGAUUUGCUCGCUCAUGAGUAGAAAUGAAUCCUCAAACCUUUCGG